AUGGAGCAAGUGAACGAAGAUUAUUCGGCUGUGCCAGCGACCAGCGAGGAUUCAAAAAGUAUAAAAUCUAUAAGCAAGGAUAAUGUUCAUAAAAUUUGUUCAGGGCAGGUUAUUGUAAGCUUGUCAAUUGCUGUUAAAGAGCUAGUAGAAAAUUCCAUAGAUGCUGGAGCAACAAGUGUGGAAGUCAAGUUAAUUGAUUACGGCAAGGAAUCGAUAGAGGUCAGUGACAAUGGCCACGGUGUUGAAGACCACAACCUGGAAGGAAUGACCGCUAAAUAUCACACCUCCAAACUUCGAGAAUUCACUGAUUUACAGUCGGUUGUUACAUUUGGGUUUCGGGGGGAGGCUUUGAGUUCUCUCUGUGCUUUGGCAAACAUGACCAUUAUUACGCGGCACAAAAAUACGGAUGUUGGUACAAAAAUUGAAAUGGACCACGAAGGAAAUAUUAUAAGCCGGACUCGUUGUGCUAGGUCUAUCGGAACCACUGUGAUAUUAGCAAAUAUUUUUGAAAAGCUUCCUGUUAGAAGACGUGCUUUUGUGAAGAAUGUUAAAAAGGAGUUCACCCAAAUGUGUCAAAUUCUACAAGCGUAUGGCUUAGUUUGCAAAGGGGUGCGAAUAAAAUGCACGAAUCAGACGAACAAAGGAAACAAGGUUGUCGUAAUACAAACACAGGGCUCUGACAACGUCUCUUCCAAUAUUUCAGCCGUAUUUGGUAGUCGUCAGGCAAACGAUGUUCUAGAAAUGAAGUCCCCACUACGGGGUAGUGAUAAUAAAAACAGGGACGUUGACGAGCUGCUCGAGGAGUUGCAACAAGAUUUAGGUGACUCCAUACGCCUCACCAGGGAAGAUGUUAAACGAAUGUUGCGUUCUGAGUUCGAGGGUUAUAUAUCUAGUUGUGCACACGGAAGUGGGCGAUCAUCAAAGGAUAGGCAAUUUUUCUACGUAAAUUCCAGACCAUGUGAUCCUAAGAACAUUUCUAAGGUCGUAAAUGAAUACUAUCAUCGUUAUAAUCCUCAUCAGUUCCCCUUCGUAUAUCUGAACAUUGUUACCGACCGUGAAUCGGUUGAUGUCAAUUUAACACCCGAUAAGCGACAACUGCACAUUAACAACGAGAAAAUUCUUAUGGCAUUAAUCAAGAAGGCGUUGGGUAUAACAUUUUCCAGCAUCCCAUCUACAUAUAAAAUGCAAAAUACAACAAUCGCCGGUAUGAUAACGAUGGAACAAAACUCUCCAAAAAUGAAGUCGGCUGAAGAACAAGUCCCAUUGGAUGAUGAGAAGGAUGAUAUUUAUCCAACAUCCACACAGACAUUUUCUCAAGUGCUAUCGCAGUGGAAACGUACGGGAGAUACUGGGGGUACCGUGAUAUCGUCUACAAAAACAUCUAAAAGAAAAUGUCACGAAACCGAAGAAAUAAGGACUAGAACAUUAAAAAUGAUCAAAAUACAGGCAUUUUUAAAAAAGGAGCAACCCGAGAAGGGGCUGAGUUUGCAACCUUAUAAAUCUGAAUCUGAGGAUGACGAAAAUGAACAAGCUAACGAUGGAAUAUUUGACCAAAAUGACAAAUUAACAACUUCUUCGAAUGCAGAUGAAACGCAAGUAAUGUAUACAAAAUCGACCGAAAUCAUAAGCGAACAUGCUCCAGAAUCACUCGAUGACUCCUUUGGGAAAUUUUUGGAAAAUUCAUCGGAUAUUGAAACACAUAUUGCACUCGAUGAUAGCGAUGUCGAGAAUUAUAUCCCAAGGAUAACGUGCAAUGAAAUGAAAAUCUCAAUAUCUGAAAUUGAAUCAAUAUUGCAAAAGGAACACGAAUUUGAACAGAAAAUGCAACAAAAAUCAAAAAUGGAGCGUUUGCGUUUUAAAAGUGAAAUUAAUCCAAUUCAAAAUAAAACUGCAGAAGCAGAACUGCAAAAAGAAAUAAGUAAAUCACACUUCGCGAGUAUGGAAAUAUUGGGUCAAUUCAAUUUAGGUUUCAUCAUCACAAAACUGGAUGCAGAUCUCUUCAUUGUUGACCAGCAUGCUACGGACGAAAAAUAUAAUUUCGAAACAUUGCAGAAAACAACGCAACUGCAUCACCAACCAUUAGCUAUUGCUCAGCCCUUGGAAUUGACUGCUGUUAAUGAAAUGGUAUUAAUAGACCAUUUGCCAAUAUUUGAGAAAAACGGCUUCAAGUUCGAAAUCAAGCACGAUGCGCCGCCAACAAAAAAGAUCAGUUUGCUUGGUAAACCAAUGAGCAAAAAUUGGGAGUUUGGAAAGGAGGAUAUAGACGAGUUAAUUUUUAUGUUACAAGACGCUCCAGAGGGAACUAUGUGCCGUCCAUCUCGUAUACGAGCCAUGUUCGCUUCACGGGCAUGUCGAAAAUCCGUCAUGAUUGGCACAUCUCUGAAAAAAUCAACUAUGGAAAUGUUGGUAAAGCACAUGGGAGAAAUUGAGCAACCAUGGAAUUGUCCCCAUGGACGCCCGACGAUGCGACAUCUAAUAAAUUAUGCCUUGUUGAAAGACAGCGAUGUUUGCAACGACGACCCAAAGGCAACGUGUUCCAAUUAA